AUGGGCAGUAAACACAGUGUCGCGAGUAAUGCCUCAGGGUCGGGAGCAGGUUCUUUUUUGAUUUAUGCACAUCGUUCAAGGAUAGCUAUUUCUAAAUCCAAGUAUCCAUUACCUCAGUCUGGUGGUGACCUCAGGAACAAAAUCUACACAUAUUUUUCGCAGUAGUACAACCACAACAACUACUUACAAUACUUUAUUAGCUCUACUUCAAAUGAAAACUAACCUCGCACCAGGUGGCGUCCGAAGAAAAGCCAGCAAAACAAUCUCCGAGUCAGGGCAGAAAUAUCACCACGGCGUGGGAGGAGAUGCGAAUAGUCCCAGUGUUUUGAGGACUGAAGCCAUUAGCCACUUAGAGAACGCGGAAGUAGUAGUUUCGCCACCAGCCACAAGAGAUAGGUAUUCAUAUUCAUAUUGCCAUGGUUUCGUUUUGCUUUUGGACUUUUUUUUAUGUAGGGCACUCACUUCUUCAUCUGGUUCUGAACUGUGUUCUUUCACCGGUGGAUUUUCAUCUUAGGCAAAAACGAGAAUUGAUGCAAGAAGAUCUCCUCUCUGUUCUUUAUUAGGUGGAUUUUCUUAGGCAAAAACGAGAAUUGAUGCAAGAAGAGCUCCGCUUCCUUCUUCUAUUCCUCACAAUCAGAUCCCGCCUCUCCGCUGAAGAACAAGCUGAUGUGGAGCUUGGUGUCGCUUCUCUGUCGCGCGUUGAAUGCAUGAUUGUCGUGGUUGUAACUCUCGGCACUUUGCUGACAAAUCUUGCAAUCGCCGUAGCCGUAGGCAUCGUGAUGUCUCAGAUAGACCAGAAAUAUCACGGAUACACGGAAGGCAAGAAAGUUGCGGGAGUAGAUGUGGAAAAAGGAGAUGCAUAUAAAAUCGAAUUACGCGACGAUGCGGUGGAGACGGAGAAACCGGAGCAAGGAGCACAGCCUUGAUAACCUGAAUUCCAAUUCCUGGGUUAAUAAGCUUUUAACGUGUGUUGAAGUAGAUGAGACCGCGACCAAGUUCAACAAAUCAAUCAAUACGACUACUGCGAUAGCGAUUUUCUAUGAGGAACGUCUAAGUAGAGGUGAAAACUUUUAGUGCUAUAUUCUAAGUUAGCAUGAUGAGCAUGGCUAUGGCAUGCAACAUUUUGACUUGGACUGUGUACAGGACUCUCUCUGUCGACUGUAUAGUAGUGCUUUUUUGGCUUCUAAACAGAAACCUCAGUCAUGUGAUCAUUUUAACGGAAAUUGGCUAUCAAUGCAUGUUGUACUUCCCGCGUCAGGUCGUGACACGACCAGGUGUAUGUUACAGGAGGCAUUGUGAUUCAAAUUUUGAAAGGAUAAUGUCAUAGCGAAAUUGCCCAUGUUGUCUUUGUCUGCGGCAUCUGUACAGGAGGUUAUAGGUUCUACUACAUCAACAUGAUCCUUAUUCUCAUUUCCUUAUGAUAUCAAGAGCAUGACUGCAAAAUCGGCAUAGAGAUACAGGCAAGGAGGGAAGGGCGACGCGCAGUGUCCUUUUUUCUACAUGGCGGAUGUAUGUUCUUGAAAGAACUACAUCUACAAUCAGUACACUAAAGUGAAAGUCACAUUGGUUUUAUAAGCAUCAGCACACUAAGACUAAAGUCACGUUCGAACUAUAAGAGGAACAACAAGAUGUUCUUGUCCUUGUGUCAAGAACGAAAGCCACAUCAACAAGUAAGAUUGUCCCAUGUCAAGCACUACCCGAAUAGUCACGCAAUCAGGACGAUGUUAAAUCCAAAUCACACGGUCACAG